AUGAUCGUCACCGGCUCAGUUGUUGUUAUCCUUAUAGUUAUGGAUAUUGUUAUAGUUAUCAUUAUUGUUAUCGUUACUCCUGCAGGUGUGGGCGGGGCCUCAGAGCUGGCCUUCCUCAAGGAGCCGAGUGAUGUCAUCGCGGGGAGGGACCGCCCCCUGCUGCUGGCCUGCGAGGUGGAGGGGGCGGGGCCUGUGAGCAUCAGCUGGAGGCGUAACGGUGCGGCAGUGUCAUUGGGUGAGAGAGCAGCGGUGCUGGAGAACGGGACGCUCCUGAUCCGCAGCUUCCAGAAGAGACGCGACGGAGACGCGGGAGACUCCGGAGAGUACGAGUGCGCCGCGCAGAACCGAUACGGCCUCAUCAUCAGCCGCAAAGCAAAUGUGCAGCUGGCCUCGCUGCCAAAGUUCCACACACACCCCGAGUCCAUGAGUGUGGAUGAGGGCGGCGUGGCCCGCUUUCACUGCGCCGUCAGCGGCGUCCCAGAGGCGAACAUCACCUGGGAGAGAAACAGAACCGCUCUCAGUGGAGACGACAGCAGGUUCACUCUUCUGCCCAAUGGUAUCCUGCACAUCACAGCGGUGCGGCGGUCAGACAGCGGUGUGUAUCGCUGCAUGGCCAGAAACACUGCUAACACACGCUACAGCCACGAGGCGCAGCUGACGGUCACAGUGGCAGCCAGUCGCCUGUACAAGGAGCCGGUGAUUCUGUCCGGGCCGCAGAACCUGACUCUGAACGUCCACCAGACGGCCAUCCUAGAGUGCAUCGCCACAGGAAACCCACGACCCAUCGUGUCCUGGAGCCGGCUGGACGGUCGCUCUAUCGGUGUGGAGGGGAUCCAGGUGUUGGGUUCUGGUAACCUGAUCAUCUCAGACGUGUCUCUGCAGCACUCAGGUGUGUACGUCUGCUCCGCUAACAGACCCGGGACCAGGAUGAGGAGAACUGCACUGGGACGACUGGUGGUGCAAGCUCCUCCAGAGUUCCUUCAGUGGCCUCAGUCGGUGUCGAAGCCAUUGGGCAGCAGCGCCGUCUUCACCUGUCAGGCUCAAGGUGUUCCCGAUCCACACCUUAUCUGGCUGAAGAACGGCAAGAUCCUCACACCUGGAGACAACGUCAAGCUCACCAACAACAACAGUACUCUGGCUGUGACGCGCAUCAUGGCGGACGAUGAGGCCAUCUAUCAGUGUAUCGCGGAGAACAGCGCAGGAACCAAUCAGGCCAGCGCUCGGCUCGCUGUCUCCCAAUCACUGGAGCUCCCAGAAGCGCCGCAGGAUCUGACGGUCACACCGCUGUCCAACACUGCACUGCGGGUGCGCUGGAAACAGCCGGAACCACACGCAUCUGACGGCAUUAUAGGAUACGUGCUGCAUAUUCGCAGGCUUGGUGAGCCGGACAGCAGUGAGCUCCAGGAGGCAGUGAGUAAAGACACGUUCCAGCAUGACUUCAGUAAUCUGGACUCCUCCACCACCUUCUCCAUCUACGUGAAGGCGUAUUCACCACUGGGGGCCAGUCAGCAGUCCAGCAGCGUCAUCGCCACCACAGGGGGCGCCGUUCCCACAAUGCCGAGCUUCUUCACCAAGGUCCUGAACAGCACAGCCAUGCAGGUGUUCUGGGAUCUGCCUGCUAAAGCGGGCCGUGUGGAAGGAUAUAAGCUCUCCUACCGCAUGCUGCCGCAGCAAGAGUUCAGCCAUGAGGAGCGUUUCCCUGCACACAUAAACACACACACCAUCUCUAACCUGGAAGCUGCAUCAGUGUAUGAGAUCCAGCUCAUAGCCUUUAACGGGAACGGCGACAGCAUCGGCAACAAGCGACUCGUCUCAUUGGCUGAGACGGAAAAGAGCGGGAAAGAAUCAGCAGCAGGGCAGAGUGUGUGUGAGUGCGGUCCAGGUGUUGACGGUUCUCUGUCAGGGAUUGUGGUGGGGAUCCACAUCGGCAUGGCCUGCAUUAUAUUCUGUGUUCUGUUCCUGAUGUUUGGAUAUCGCCACAGUUUCUUCUGUCAGAAGGGCUCUCCGGGUGUCUGGAGUGUGUCUGCAGCGCAGAGAGACAGUAAACACAGCAGCAGCAUCCGCACGGCCGACACCAUCGAACUCACGCUACAGGCGGCUUCAGCUGAGCAGCAGGUGGCGCCGGCGGGUCCUCAGUGCCAGGUGAUGAUUGAACCACAGCCACUGCAUCCGGCCCACACAGGCACUGACACGGGCACAGAUACCAUCACUGACACAGGUGCACACACGGGCACAGAUAUGGGCACAGGAUGAAGCAGCUCAACCCUUCUUCAGCUGCACACACACCGAGCCUCCUUCACCAAAGCCUUACACUCGCACAUACACACACACACACAUAUGUGCCUCUGUGGACCAGCGACACACAGGACCUGUUCCAUACCCUAGUGCACUACAGAGACAGCAUCAUGACCGACACGCUGCAUGUGCAGUG